GCGCGUUAACAAGAGUGACUGCGCGAGGAUUGCAAAUUGGAGGGUUUUCAGUGCAACUAUGGCUGCAGGACCUAUUCAGGAGAGAAACCAAGAUGCCACGAUCUACGUGGGAGGUCUGGACGAGAAGAUGACUGAGGCUCUGCUCUGGGAACUCUUCCUUCAGGCUGGCCCCGUGGUGAAUGUCCAUGUGCCUCGAGACCGCAUCACCCAGACACACCAGGGAUACGGCUUCGUGGAGUUUAUGAGCGAGGACGAUGCUGACUACGCCAUCAAGAUCAUGAAUAUGAUCAAACUCUUUGGCAAGCCCAUCAGGGUCAACAAGGCUGCAUCCAACACAAAGAAUCUCGAUGUAGGAGCGAAUGUGUUUAUCGGUAACUUAGACGCUGAGAUUGACGAAAAACUACUCUACGAUAUAUUCAGUGCAUUCGGGGUUAUUCUCCAGACCCCCAAAAUCAUGCGGGAUCCCGAUUCGGGCAACUCCAAGGGUUUUGCGUUUGUCAACUAUGCCAGUUUCGAAGCCAGCGAUGCCGCUAUCGAGGCAAUGAACGGACAGCAUCUGUGUAACCGAGCCAUCUCCGUUUCCUACGCCUUCAAAAAGGACUCAAAGGGAGAGCGACACGGCUCUGCAGCUGAGCGAAUGCUGGCAGCACAGAACCCACUGACCCAAAUGGAUCGACCUCACCAGCUGUUUGCCGAUGCUCCACCCAGCCUGGCAGCUGCACCCAUCCCCCCGGCCCUCCCUACUCACAUCACUCCUCCCUACAUGCCUUCCUCCAUGAUGGCUUUCAUGCCAGGCAUGGGAAUGGGAAUGGGAAUGGGGAUGGGGGGGAUGGGAAUGGGGAUGGGGGGAAUGGGAAUGGGGAUGGGUGGACCACCUCUCCAUCUACCACCGCCUCCCCCUCCAACGUCACAUGGCAUGCCACCAAACCAAAUGCAACAGAUGCAGAUGAUGCCUCCACCACCUCCUCCACACUCGAUGUUUCCUCCGAGAGGACCACCUCCGCCCGGGCAUUUCCCUCCACCGCCAGGCCACCAGGCACACAUGCCACACCCUCCUCCUCCCCCUCCUCACUCCAGACCUCUUGGCAUGCCAAACCGGCCCCCGCCAGCGCCACUGAUGGGCCAACCACCACCAAGAGCUCCGCACCCCACCCCCCUGAUGGGCCCACCGAGACCACCGCCGCCGCCGCCAACUAGUGGUCCGCCACCCGCACCCCUCAUGGGCCAACCACCACCGCCGCUACCGCCAAGUAGUGGUCCCCCACCCCCUAACAUACCGAGGAGCCAACCAAAUCCACCACCGGGAGCCCCUCCCCCUCCUCCACCUCAUCUCAUGGGGCAGCGACCUCCUCCGGGGAGUGGUGGUCCCCCACCCCCUCCUCCUCUCAUGCCACCAAGAGGACCACCGUUGCCUCAAAACCUACCACCACGGUAUGACUCUACAAACACAACUCAGUAUAACAAGAGAGAGUAUACUUUGUGCUUGCAAACUGCAUAAGCAUUUCGCGGUUUUACGUUAUUUUUGGAAGUGAACUUCUCCUUGCAGACCAAACAUGCCCCCUCCUCCUGGACCAUUUGGCGGUCCUCCUCCUCCACGACCUUCUCAAGGCAACGCUCCUCUUCUGCCAAUUCCCAGGCCACUUCCUCCGGGUGGACCAAUGCCCCCUCCUCCUCCUCCCCCUCCACCCCAGUGAACUGUGAACUAUGACUUAUUAUCACUACUAUAUAUAAUUAUAUUGACGCUUUCUGAAUAAAGUUUGUGCAUAUAUUUUGCCGUCCAAAACAAUGA